GCUGAUUGAUACAUCUCGAUCACUUCCACACGACGUGUGUACCUUUUUCCGUUUUUUUCUUUUCUUUCUAUUCCAUUUCUUACCCCUUCCUGAUGGGUAGUUCCCAACUGUGUUGCUUGUUUUCGAGUUGACCGUUCGAAUUUAGGUUCCUGCAUCCAAUUAGUACCUCUCAUUUUUGCCGGCCACCCGAAAUCCCCAACCCGAACCCCCCCCAUCUCUCGCGCGCGCCCGACCCUACUGUGACUCCCUUUUUUUCCUUCUUUUCUUCAGCCGUCUGUCUAGCUUUAGCUCCUCCUCCACCCAACCUCGAAACUUUGAACACCCAAUACUCUUUUUUCUCACUGAAAAGGGUCUCUCAAUAGCCAUCGUGGAUCCCACGAGAUUAUAAUUCCUUCCUUUUCUAAAGGUUGGCACAAGCAUGAGGCCCCCCUCAUUGCUUGCUCCGACCUCUUCGCUCUCGCGGCGGCUAUGGGGAGUGCUCUCUCUAUCCGCCGCGUUUGUGAGUGCUUUAAACGUAACUUCAGUUCCACAACCAUCCUUCAACCUCGACGGCCUCGGUCACGUCGGUCUCGUGGGUGACUUCAAUGCGAUCUCCAUCUACGAGUACCUGGGUCAAACGGGGUCGUCGGCCUUUUCUAAUGGGUCCGAGAGUUUAUUGUCACAACUUCCCAAUGGUCUCUUCACGUCGCUGGCCUCGGCUGACGCCGCGAUACAGGCUCUCUGUGUGCACCAGUUGAAGGAUGGGACGGUAAAGGGUAUAUUUGUUGGUGGGAGUUUCACGAGCCUGGGAAAUGUGCCGGUUAAUGGCGUGGCCUUGUUUGAUCCUCGGGAUGGAAAGGUGACGGCCCUGGAUGGGCUGGUGGGGAAAGUUCAGGCUUUGCUCUGCGAUAAGGAGACGAACACGGUUUACGUUGGGGGAGAUUUUAUGGGUUCGAACUCUAGUAAUGCUAUUGCUUGGGUGGAUGGGGCAGGGUGGACGGACCUGCCGUUUGACGGAUUUGAUCAGCCAGUCAAGACAAUCACCAAAUCUCCGAAUAAUACCAUUGUGUUUGGUGGGGCCUUUAACAACCUUGUUAAUGCUUCGAGUCCCCGUGUCAGACAUGCUCAAGCCAUCAAUCUAGUCUCGGCGGGUAUUACUGAUGAGCAGACUACUGACCUGACCGACUUUGACGAUCCCGCCGCCAUUGUCUGCCCGACCGGGAAGGAGAAGCAGUGGUUGUUGAGGGAUGGGCAAAGGGGGUCCUGGUCCGCGAAGUUCAAGUUUUCUUUUAAGCCCACCAAGUUGAGGAUACGCAACGCCAACUUUGAAGGUCGCGGAACGAGACUCUUCAGGGUUACAGCGCUCCCCAUCAACGGAAUAAUGAACCUUACCUACACUGAUCCCACAACCAACACAUCCAUGCACUGUGAUGCUUGGUGCCCUCUAUCUGCUACGGCAGAGUUUGAAGACUUCUUUUUCGUGAACGAUGUUGCCAUGAGCACUAUUCGUGUAGAUAUUCUUGAUUUUUACGGUUCCGGUGGUGGGCUUGCUGGUAUUGAGUUGUUCCAAGAUGGUAUGUUGAGUUUUUUCUUGUGUUGCUGUCGUCUCGGGUCGUUGACAUGUGGAUUGAUGAGUAUUCUUAGACAUUUAUUCUUUUGCGUCGUCGGAUUUGAACGAGCCAUCAUGUGUGGCUGCUCCUGCCAAGUCUAACUCUGUUGUCACUGGGCGGUGGAUCGAAACUAUGGGCCUCGACGCAGACUCCGAGUACCUCUCCAUUUACCUUAACAUGAGUCAGUUAGGGACCGCUUCUGUUGUUUUUGAGCCGCAUAUUCAGCAGUCUGGGGAGUAUGUUGUGCUCAUGUACACGCCAGGUUGCCGACAAGACAGCAGCUGUACUGCCAGAGGCCAAGUCAAUGUCACUGGAACUUAUACUAAGACUGGGGCUCCUCAGCCGGCGCCGCCCUACUAUCAGACUAACGAUUACGCUAAAUAUGACACUGUGUACAGAGGAUUUGUUGAUGCCGCCGAUGAUACCUUCCGUCCUAGGGUCACUCUCACUCCUACUGCUAGUCAAUCAUUCCCGGUUGUCAAUAUAGUUGCUCAGAAGGUUCAGUUCGUGAUGUUCAGCAACUCGACACGUAUUGGGACAAGUGAGGACGACUCUGAUUCUAGCUCUUUGGAGCUGAACGGUCUUUAUGAGUUUGAUCCUAAGCAGACCGAUGUCCCGAAGGCUUCCGAUGUUGCUAAAUCGGUCAUUAGUACGGCUGGAAGCCGAUUGCGUACCGGUGCUAAGGUUAGGGCAGUUGUUGCCAAGGAUGACACCCUUUACGUGGCUGGUGAAUUCUCAGCAAAGGAUGAUAGCUUUCAACAUAUCUUCACUAUUGGCCCUGGCGGUGUUGCUUCUGUAACUAGGGGUGGUUUGGAUGCGCCGGUCAACGCUCUGCUGUUAGGAGGAGAUCUCCUAUAUGUUGGUGGCCAAUUUCAAAACACUAAUUCUAGCCCCACAACUGGCUUAGGUUUUGUUGCUAGUUAUAAUACCAAGACGAAGGAAUGGGGUGGAUUGGGGACUGGUGUUAAUGGUCGUGUCAGGGAGCUGGUUCAUAUCUCUUUGAAUCUUACUCGUGGAGCAAGGGACGGGAUUGCUCUCAGUGGUGAUUUCACCACCAUCAAAGCAGACGGUGCCAACGCUGGUGCUGUGGAUGUGGAGGGGUUUGCCGUCUGGAUUCCAUCUGAAAAGCAAUGGUUGGAACGAAUGACCAAUGAGAGUGUCUCACUCGGGGGUAUUCUUUCGGCUUCCACCAAUGUUCCGAACAGCAGUAUACUCUAUUCUGGUUCCAUGUCUUCUCAGACCGACGCAGCGCCUGGUGCCGUUUCUCUUCGCUCCAAGGACGACCUCGACGUCCAGGCCCUCCCAAUCCAGCUUGUCAACAACCAGGAGGGCACUGCUAACAGGAAGCGUGCUGUCGUUCCUUCGGAUUUCACAGGCGUCGUCACUGGAGCAUUCUAUCUUGGCAACGGCAAGAACUACACUAUCCUUGGCGGCCACUUUUCUGCUCAGGGUAACGGUGGAACCGUCAACAAUGUCGUACUCAUUGAUAACAAGUCGUCGAAUAAUUCUGUCAUUGGGAUAGGAAAUUCGCUUGAUGCUUCUAGUCUUGUUCUCUCAAUGCUUCUUGUUGAUCAAUUGCUGUUUAUUGGCGGCUCGAUCACCGGCAAGGUUGGUGAUAACGAUAUUAAUGGAAUUGCUACGUGGGAUAUGUCCACAAUGUCGUUCGCUAGUAAGGACCAACCUGUUGGGCUUCAAGGUUAUUAUCCUUUUACCUCCUCUAUUUGCCUCCUCUAUAUUGAAGGGCGGUUGUACUAACAAAGAUGAUAGGCGCCAAUGGCGUGGAAGUUCAUGCGAUCACUCGUCGUCCCAGUAAUGUGAGGGAGAUCUAUGUUGCCGGGAAGUUUGACCAAGCCGGUUCCCUUCCUUGCCCGGCCCUUUGCAUCUUUGAUAAUACUGCUCAGCAAUGGGAGACCCCUGGGCUUGACGUCUCCGGGCAAAUUAACGUCCUGUACUGGGUCGAUGUUAACACCUUGCUUGUUGGGGGUGAUAUGAGUAUCAAUAAUACUGCUACGUAUCUCGCGAUCUACGAUGCCAAGGCUAGUGGUUGGCGCGCCUUUGAGGGUGACAUUACCAAUAUCCCUGGACCUGUUACCAGCAUUGCUGUAAAUGCCGAUACUAUCGAUUCUAUCUUUAUUUCUGGCACCAGUGCGAAUGGCGGAGCUGCUUAUGUGAUGAAGCUCAAGAGUGAUGGCAAGUUUCAAGCUCUGGGUAUGUUGUCCAAAUAUGUUUUCAUUAUCCAUUUACUAAGUCCUGUAAUAGCUGGUCUCGGGAACAGUACCGUCAUUAGGAGCAUCCAAGUUCUUGAACUCCAAAACGGUAAUGAUUCUAAUGACUUCCUCGACGAUGAUCAAGUCCUCCUCGUCAUGGGAUCCCUUAAUCUCCCCAACUUUGGCAAUGCCUCUGCCGCAACCUUCGAUGGGACAAACUGGAAGCCCCUAUUCCUUACCACCACAGCAGACAACCAACCGGGAACAAUUGUCUCCUUGUUCUCUCAGAGACAGCAGAAAUUUUCACCCGGAGGUUAGUCUAUCCCCUCUUGUAUUCCCUUUUUAUCACUUACUAACAAAAUAAUAUUCAAGGCAAAAAACUAGCAAAAGGCUUCGUGAUCCUGAUUUCCCUCGCCAUUGCACUCGGCCUUGUCUUCUUACUCGUCUGCUUGGGUGUGCUAGCUUCAUACAUUCGCCGCCGCAACGAGGGAUACGUCCCCAUGCCAACUACGCCUUCGCCUGGAGGACAAUCUCCGGAUAUACAGGAGCGAUUACCACCUUCACAUCUGUUUAGUAGUAUUGGACAGAAUUUGGGGAGAAAUGGCCCGCCAGUGGUAUAGAACUCUUUUUUUGCGAGUAACGAAAGUCAAUUCAUUCUUCCUCUCUUCGGAGGACUUUGGCUUAGCCGUUUUCUGUUUAAAUUUUUCUUUUUUUCACUUUUUUUCCGGCGUACUUUGUUUUCUUUUCCGUCCUUGAUUUUGUGCGUAUCUUAAAUUCCUGUUCUAAUGGGUUGGUUUCCUUUUUUCCACUUACUACCUUACCUUACCAUUAUCCCCAACAUGGUUAGUGAUUCACCAUGACUCCCCGAAUGGGGCCUAAUUCCCUGUAUUAUUUUUUUAUUUUUAUUUUUUUUCCUCCCCCUUUCUCAUUCUAACCGCCAGGGCAGAUGUUACUAGUGCUACUGCUCUUUGGCUGGAUACCUCUCGCGAUACCUGUCGGGGGGGCUGGACAUUGAUUAGCUGUUUUGGUGCUGGGCUUAAUAACUUCCUUAGUGUCGCGAUGGAUGGGAAGAGGGAAAGGAGGUGAUGGAUUGGUGCGGGCCCGGGAUUUGAACUGGAUUGGAUUGUUUGGAUUAGAAGUUAUGAGGUUAUGUCUCUUGGUUGGACCUUGUUUGUGCUCUUUUGGGGAUGGAGAGGAUGAGGAGGGGAAGGGGGAUGUAGGUAGAAUUGCUACGUAGCCCAAGUAGUUGUCUCCUCUCG